AAAGUUUACGUGACAAUUAUACAAAAUUUUUCGAGUAAACACGUAGAUCACAAUUACGCAUAUGACGAUGAAGUUGAUUCGUUCUUUCUCUCUCUUCUUAAUUUUUGUUACCAGCUUGUUUGAUGGUUCGUGUGGAAGAAAAAGCGGGAAGGGACCAGAAAAGUAUUAUUGUCAAUGCGAUAAUUGCAUAAGCAAAGAAGAAUUUAUUGAACACAAGAAAUAUCCUACUAUGUAUGAUUUCAUGCGACAUAUGCCUGUGAUCGGAACGAUGUAUACUAAGCCAUUUACACAAUUAAACAGCAGAGAAAUUGCUGGUAUGGUAGAUGCUUUGACUGCAGAAGCCAAGAAACUAAAUGAAGAUUACGAAUCGGUAACAGAGGAAAACGUUAAGAACAUAUACACUCCAGCAAAACAUAUUUUUGAAGCACUUGAGAAACAUGUAAUUCGACAAGUUAAUAAAAAUGAUGUAAGAGAUUCCACUGUACAACUGUACGAAGUAAAAAAUUCUCUGAAUAAUAAAUUAAUUAAUGAUUCAGAAAUUCGAGAUGACGAAAUUAACUUCACUGAGAAAACCUUAGGUUUAAUUAAAGGUGUUUAUUUUAAUCUUGAUUCAUAUCUAUUCAUCAUAUCUAUGAAAACUCUUUCAUAG